AUGCUGUCAUAUCUCGCCGCCGUCGGAGCGGUUUGGGUCAUCAAACGAAUGAUGCAAAUGGAAAUCUUCGCUCCCCAGGUCAUCGACAACCGCCUCAACCCCGUCCACCUGGCCAUCGGCAUCCGCUGCUACCAAAUCCAGACGGAGGUUUUGGGCAUACCCGAGCAAUACGGCCUCUUCUCGUCCGGUCCCCCCCGUCUCCAAGUUUUUCAAGGCAGCACGAUUCCGACUUUGUAUUUGUCCAUCGCUUUCCCGGUUGUGGUCUUGGUGGUGGCAAUGCUGUAUUUGAGGAACGAGAACACGAACAUGUGGCCCUUGGUGGGAUUGGUUGCUUGCGCGAUAACCAUAUACGCCCUACUCUGGUACAUGCUUUGUGUCGACCCUCGCCGCGCUCCAGAUUACGAAUGGAAUGAUUGGAAGCCACACAAGGAUUGA